AUGAGUAGUGUAGAGGAAAUCGGAUUCAAUAUUUCUCCCUUUGAAUUUCUUAAGAAAACCAUCUCCAGUUCCCCAGAAGUUACCCUGGACAAUUCAACUUUACCUGCAAAGACUGAGAAUCAAAAAUGCCAGGAAGAGACAGGUUCAAAUAAAAAUGAAAGCGAAAAGAAUAAGUAUAGCAUUGUGAGUAGUAAUACUAAAAACAUUGGUUCCACUAAUUUGUCGAAGAUGGGAUUGUAUCAUGUCCCAGACCAAAUGAUGAAACUCGCCCAUAAAAACGGGGCUAAAUUUACUUUCAUGGUGACAGGAUGUUCUGGGACCGGGAAAACUACUUUCAUUAAUACUCUCUUUAGGGAAACUAUUAUACCAGUAGAAGAUGAAGCUUAUCUGAGGAAGCGAGGGAUUUCAUUAGAGCCAAUCAAGAUCUAUAAAGCGGAAUUGACAGAAAAGGAGUUCUGUUUGAAGUUGACCAUUAUUGAAACACCUGCUUUUGGGGAAUCCGUCAACAAUCAAUUUUCUUGGUCACCAGCUGAAAAAUUCAUCGAUGAACAAUUUAGAUUAUACUUAUAUCAAGAGGAACAACCAGACCGCAGAAACAUAUUCGAUUCUAGAGUUCAUUGCUGCUUUUAUUUUAUUCCACCUACUGGAAAGGGUUUAUCCAAAUUGGAUAUUGCGACGAUGAAACUGAUUAGCCAAAGAACUAACUUAAUCCCCGUCAUUUCGAGAAGUGAUACAUUCACCAAAGUAGGGCUACUUUCAUUUAAAGAAUUAGUGAAGAAGGAUUUGAGAAGGGAGAAUAUAAAAGUAUGUGAUUUCAUUCUUGAUCAGAGCGUUCAUGAAAAAAUAAAUGAAACUAUGCCUUUUGCAGUCAUUGGGGCUUCCAGCGAACUUCACCAGAUGCCAGACGGAGCAAAAGUCAGAGGGAGGAGAUACGAUUGGGGAGUUGCUGAGACUGAUAAUCCUAGCCAUUGCGAUUUCUCCUUGCUUAGCGAAAUUGUUAUGGGGCAGAACAUGUUAGAUUUGAUAUUAUCAACUGAAUCUCACUAUGAGAAUUACCGCAAAAAUUGUUUGAUAGAUAGAUUCAACGCUAUCAAAAUUUUGGAAUCAUCUACGAAUGAAGAACACGCCCAAUAUUCUUCCGGUCACCAAUACAAUGGAUUAGAAGAGUUACAGGUUUUUCACAAGUAUAAAUUGAAAGACUUGGAGGCAAAAAUUCAAGAAACUGAUACAUUGUAUAGGGCCAAAGAAAGGGAAGCAAAAUCUAAGUUCAGCCAAAUUGUGCAACUACAAGAGAGAAGGUUCAAGGAAUGGAAAAGAGGGUUAAUUGAUAGACAAGAGAAGUACAACAAGGAAAUCGAAAAUCUUCAUUUGAAAAUCAUUCACAUACAAGAUGAGAUUCAAUUGUUAGAAUCUGGAAAUGAAGCUUUGGAAUCAAGUUAUAAGUCUCUCUCACUAUAG